CCACCUCUUUUACAAUCACCAAACCCAUUCCCAAGCCUCACACAUUCCCAUACUCAUCAUGUCUGGAAACUCUAGCGUUGGCACCGCGGCCGUCUAUGAGGCUGGCGACCAGGUCAACAAGCCCAACUCUGAGAUUGAGCAGGAGAAGAAGGAGAACCGCUUCCACGAGGGCCAGGAGAACGCGCACAAGGCUCUCGACUCCAAGGACGAGCGAACAAUUGCCAACAAGCUGGAGCGUGAGGAGAAGCGCGAGAAGGAGGGCGAGGACGAGUCUCUUGAGAGCCAGCAGAGCAAGAAGGACGCUACCCUGCCCGCACGCUCACACGGCAACGAGCCAUCCAAGGGCGCCAAGAUCGACCAAGAGCUGAGGGAAGAGGACGAGGCGAUGCUCAAGAAGAAGGGCGCUGCCUAAGCUUUUUGUUGCGCAUGCGCAUUUCGAUAUACCCGCACAUUUCAAGGCGCGUGGCUGGAGUUGGAGGCAUCUAAUGACAUGAUACGGAUUGACGAUGAAACGUCUCGACGGAAGCCUGGAAUACGGCUGAGGCAUGAAUGAAGAUAUCU